CGAAAUUAUCACAUAAAACUGUGGUAACUUCAGACGCCGGAGAAAAAUGAUAUGUGCUAAUAGGAAAGUUGUAUAAAAAUUACCUUCCACAUAAUGAGAUUGGAAGGACUCAAAUAGGAAUGAUUGUGGCUUGUUAUAGGAUUCAAAUCUGACCAUGCCGCUUUGUUGACAAAUACUACAACGGCAAAGUAUAUAGAAAAUAGAGAAUGUAACCACAUAUGCAUUUGUUUAAAUUGAGAGUGAUUUGGUAUACUACGAUGAUUCACUCAGCUAUAAGUUUGGCAACGCCGGUAUUAGCCAGACAAGUCCCAUCAUGCAUCGUGUUCGCAGAACGGUCGAGGAAUAAAGGCCACAGCUUGGGAAGCGGGGAAAGAGGCGCCCCCAGUACCCCUCCGUCCAGAGAGUUCGUGAGUGCUAACUCGCAGCAGGAGCAAAGGACGGACAGUCAGUGAAAAGAAAGCAGAGGCGAAGGGGGUGUGUGCGUUCGUACUUCCCGUCCCGAUGUGUUGUUUAUGGACAAUAACUGUGUUAAAUUUUACCGUGAUUAAACUAACGAUAGAGUGAAAAUGCCGCCAAGUAUAGGACUGAACCUUCGUGUUACUGGUCACUGUAAUCAGGGUGGCCGAAAAUACAUGGAGGAUAUGUUUAGCGUGGCAUACCAGCAAACAGCCGACGACAAAGACCUCGAAUAUGCGUUUUUCGGUAUAUUUGACGGGCAUGGCGGUGGCGAAGCCGCCACGUACGCCAAAGAAAAUUUAAUGGAUACUAUUGUCAAACAAAAGAACUUUUGGUCUGAAAAAGAUGAGGAUGUUUUAAGAGCAAUCCAAGACGGAUACAAUAACACCCAUCAGGCUAUGUGGCGACAGCUCGAUAAAUGGCCAAGAACAGCUUCAGGUCUCCCUAGCACCGCUGGAACGACAGCAAGUGUUGCCUUUAUUCGUAAAGGAAAAAUUUACAUCGGACAUGUUGGAGAUUCUGGUAUUAUUCUCGGCUAUCAAGAUGAUGGAGAACCACAAUGGAAGGCAAAAGCUCUUACUAAAGAUCAUAAACCUGAAAGUACCCCAGAGAUGAUGAGAAUUCGAGCAUGUGGUGGAAAAGUCGUUAGCAAAUCUGGUGUUCCUAGAGUUGUAUGGAACAGACCACGAAUCGGACACAAGGGACCUGUUCGACGUUCAACACACAUCGAUGAAAUUCCAUUCCUUGCUGUUGCCAGAUCAUUAGGUGAUCUUUGGAGUUAUAACUCUGAACUCGAUAAGUUUGUUGUUUCCCCGGAGCCCGAUGUUGCGGUUGUUGCUGUAGAUGUCAAGUCUCAUCGAUGUCUGAUAUUUGGUACUGAUGGCUUGUGGAAUAUGCUGUCACCACAAGCUGCUGUUGCCAUUGUCCAAGCUGCGGAGAGGCAUAAUGAAAAACAUCUGAUCGCUUCACAACAAACUGGCAAUGGGUAUGCAGAUGUGCAAAUGUGGAUCAAUCCAUCCAAAAGUCUUGUGGAUCGAGCUCUGGAGAAAUGGUUGUCGACUAAACUUCGAGCUGAUAACACCAGUGUUGUCACACUGAUGUUGGACCCACCUGGACCCUCCCGAACUGAGGUUCUGCUGGGACAGAAAAACUGCAAAGAAAAAGAGCACCCUGUAUCUCCCAAAGGAACUCCCCGAAGAGUAAUUCUUUCACCAGUUCCAAGUACUUCUGAACCAUAUGAACCAGAGCCAGAUUUCUCCACCAAGCCUCAACCUCAUCCAAAUUUAUAUCCAACAAAGCCACAAACACCAGUACCAAAUUUUACCAAAGAUGAGUCAAAUGAGAAUGAAUCCAAACAACCAGAUUCAUCUGACACUGUUGUCGAUGCUAUUGGAAAAAUCACAGAAGUGGCGAAUAUUCUUCACAGAGAAGAACCCACGGUAGCAAAACUUUUGGCAGAACACAGUAAUGUAAAUACGAAAAGUGAAUCGCAUGAUAUUCGUUCAGCAAGUAAAUGUUUGGAACAACGUCACGAAAGUCCCCACAGAGAACUUCGCAGCCGUGAGAGUAUACAAGUUGCUGAAGUUUCAUCGAGUGUCUGUUCCGAUAAUGUAAGCUUUGAAGAUACCAAAUCAGAAGACGUUUCGACAACAAAAUUAGAGAAAAUAGAUCAGCCUAUACGUUCCAAAAGGAUACUUGACUACAAAUCAAAAGAAAGCACUGGUACUACUACUAAUUUACAAAAACUUAUACGACAAAUGCCAAGACCCAGCAGAAUAACUGAUGAUAAAGCCAAAGAAGAAUCAAAUAAUUUGCAUCACAUGGUUAGACAAAAUGCAUUUAAUGGGUCUUGUGACUUGAAGACUAGUACCAAUGUUGCAACGAAACGGAGACACAGUACCUUGGCACCGGCUGAGGAAAGCUGCAGUUCAGAGCCUAGCUUGAAGAGGCGAACACGAUCAGAGGAUCAAAGAGUGCUUCCGAUCGAUGAGAAUGACCCAGCAAAUCAGGGUAAAGAUAGUCACAGUAGAUUAUCGUGGCCAGAUAAAUGGAAAAUGGGGGAGGGAUCUGAAAAUACACGGACCAACCAAAGAAGGAGCCUGGAAAAAAAGGCAACCCCAGUGAAAACCAUCAGGAGACCUUCUAUAAAUGGUGGGAGUCGAUUACAAUUUAGACGAAGUUUCACUGUUCAACGUGAAAGAGUGAAUAUACCAAAUCCAGCUGAUCUGCCACCACAAAGAUGGUUACGGUCAGAUACCAUAGCGGCUACUCCCAUAAAAACUUUACGCUCGAGAAAUGUCGAUAUCAUGGGCCACACGGUACCACCCCAGAUCGCCAGUCAAUAUGGAAUUGUAAAAGCGAACAGACUCUCGCUACCCAGCAAAUUAAAACAGCCUCCAUCUUCGUCUGGUUUGCCACAGACCCCGAGCGGGUCGGCUAUAGCCAAACGGGUGAAAUCUUCUUACAAUCCUAGCGCCAGAUCGUUAACGACGCGUUCUAGAAUAAAGCGACUCAGCAAAUAAAAAUAACUCAUCAUUUAAAAAACCUUGUGAGAAAAUUCUUAUUAGGGCUAGAUUAUCCAUCCCAGAUGUGGUUGUAAGUUGACCAACGAUACUUGUAUUUCUCGUUCAAUUUUAUGAGCCACAUGAAUUCGACCUUUUGUACACACAGGAGAAUAUACAAGACACCUUGUAAAAGUUUUUUUCAGAUGAGUGUCAAUGAAUCAAGUUUGAUGUUUAUAAACUUAAAACAAAAACGAGAAAUUUCACAAGAUACAACAGUUUUUAAUAUCAAUGAAUACCAACUAAAGAAAACCGCAGGAGAGUAACCUUGCCCUAACUCUAUUUAUAAUAAUUAGAAUUUUUUUAAUUCCCUACAUUAACCUACUUCAUAUUUCACGGUUAUCAUUCUAGUAUGAAAUUUACACCUCACUGUGCGUAGUUAAAUCUUGAUUCGCUAAUUAUCGUAUUCUACAAACACUUUGUUUUUUUUUUUUAUUUUGGGAACAUUUAUGUUGUUACAGUCGAAAAGUAACACUUCGACGUUCUUCUCCAGAUCCAUUUCUUAUGAUAUUUUAAACGAGCGUUAACAUUUCAAAAGUAAUGUUGAGAGAGAAUAUUAACAAAUUAUUUAUUGUUUUUCUUUCUUUUUUCUAACACUUUUGUGAUUAUAUUUGAAAAAUUUUCCGUAUCAAAUGAGUUGGAAAAUAAAUUUUUACUUGCCUAUAGCUAGUAUAUUUUCUUUCAAUUCUCUUUUGAUAUUGUGUUUGACGGAUACUGUAAUUAUCAACCUUGUAAUGGUAAUAGAAAGAUAUCGCGUUUUUCUUUCGAACACUGCUAAUUGAUUUUGGAUAGAAUUCAGAAAGAAGUGUAUUUUGAACUUGUCAUUUUGUCCAAAGGUGAAAUGAACCGAAUGGAACCAUAUAUGAUGCGGCCAGCCUCAGCUAUGAUUCUAUUUUUUGUAUUCACUUUGAUGAUGACCCAAGCUUAUGUGCAUUUUCAAGUUUACCGUACAGUAAGAUCUCGAUCACAGUUUCAAUUGAAGCUUGACCAAAGCUCAAUGUCUGAAAUCUAACACCAUUAUAUCACAGUAAUUCUCGUUAAGUAUUUUAGGCAGGAAAAAAUCUAACUUCAAUUAAAUAUUUCCACUUGAUCUUGAUCCAUUGCAUUGGUGUGGAUACCCAUUUCAUUACUUGAGGGAAUUUAAGAAUUAAAGAUAAUUUAGUCUCUUUUCCAAUGAUUAUAAACCAAUUAUCUUUUGUUUCCUUCUACAUGAUUCAUAGAAAUAUUCUUUCAAUUGUACGCUAUGAUGCAUAGUUUUAAAGUAUCUUUUUUCUAUAUUUAUGUUGGUGUUAUACUGCGAUAAUAUAUAUAAUAUAUAUUUACUACCAAAUCUUGUACAUUCACUGAUUUGCCUUUGCUGACAGUAGAACGAAUUUAGUAGGAGCUUUGUGACCAAGAUUAGUGAGUAAUAUGUACAAUUAAAUGAUAACAGAGCGUUGUUGAAAGAUCGAUAUUUAUGAGAGAAUGAAAUGAUUGUCUUUUGUAGAGUGGCGUACAGACAUCUGUUGUGCUUCCAUUAUUUUUUUCGUCAUGAAAUUAAUCAAAACUAUUUAUCAAUCAUUACAUAUUUUACUGGGCUUAUUCUAGAGUCAACCUCGAAUCAUUUGGCUGCAAUCAAAUGACUUGUUUUUGUCAGCAUUGCGAUAUUUUUAACAACCGUUUUUACUUCAAUAGUUUUUUCAAGCAUAUCAAUUUGGCCUUUGCACAAAACUUUGGAGUCAUGUGUUACGAAAUUGCACUUAUAAAAUUGUAGAGACUAUGUAUGAACUAUUAUCCUUUGAUUUGAGGUGCUGAAGGUGGCGAGGUUUUCUUGUUUUGCUGAAAAAUAUAUCCGAUUAAUUCUAACGAUUGUAAGUACCAAUCAAUGAUAUAGGAUUCACAAAACAGUUACAGCACAAUCGAUGUCCGUGUCUGCUGUAAGUCAUUGUUAAUAGAUAAUAAUUAAAUUAAGGAACAUUUUAAACUUGGUAUAUAAGAAAGGUAUAUACGUUGUGUAUGAACAAAUUUCAAUCACGAAAAAAAAGAAAAUGAAAAUGUGCCUAUAUGAUAGUUACCAACUGGAUACAGAGAUCUAAGUUGAUGAUUUCUAUACUGUGGAUCACAAUGAUUGCUACACUUAUGUAGAAGAGACACAUCUAUUUACAAACAGGUGAGGACGUGAAAUAUAUGAGUAUUUUGUAAGAAUGUCAAUUUACUGUAGUUGAAACACGAAUUGAAACAUAAAGGCUUAUCGUUUAUAAAAAUCUAUGGAAAAAAGUGUGAUUACAUUACGUUUUCAACUGUAUAUUUUAAUUAAAAUAAAGUCGAUUCUUCAGAAAAA